AUGGAAAAUAUGGAGGUAUUGGCGAUAGACCGGCUGUCAUGGGUUGCAGAAUAUGAUGAAUGGGUUACAUUCGGGGGUUUAGAUUCCGAUGCAUCCUCGUAUAAUCAGGACGGGUGGAGAAAACUGGUCAAGGAUCAACAGACCAAGGAUCUCAUACAAUCCUUACUGGAUACCAUUGAAUGUUCUCCUGGAAGUCCACAGAAAGUUCGGCAAGGCAUGAAUAUCCUUUUCGAAGGGGAGCCAGGAACGGGCAAGAGAACAUUUGCUCACGCGGUCUGCACUAUGCUCAAGCACCCGAUGUUUGAUAUUCGGGUCAUCCCGUUCAAUGUAAACGUGCAACCGUGGGAUCGGUAUGUACCAUUCGAACGCAUCAACACUAUGAUUCAAGAAUUCGAGUCGCCCGGAUGCAUCUGUCUCUGGCCGUCGCAAUCUGACCCGACUGCAUCGCCAACUUUCCCUAUUGUUGCUAUCAAAUUCCACACUCUCGAUCGAGCAGCCCGUUGCCAACGUUGGCUAGAACUCUUUGGCCGAGAUGACCUGGCUACAACUUUCUCUAGCGGCGAGCACGCAUCCGGCCUUACCGUGAGGGACACGAAGACGCGGACCUUCCUUGAGGAGAUUGAGGAGAUCUCUUGGUACAAACUCAAUGGAGCGGAUAUCGAAGAUUUCAUGACUUGCGCACGACACUCGUCUGGGGAACAAGAUCCAACUCCUCAGCACGUAAAGGUGGCUCUCGAGGCGUGGGAGGCGCCCCUCCCUCUACGAAGGAAGGUAGCUCGGUUUUUAGUGCAUUCAUGGAAUGCAUCCACCCGACUGUGCGAGUGA